AUGACGGAUUCGGUUGUCGUGGAAGGAUAUGUCAAAUUCAGAGAUGGAAAAAAGUGGAAGACUAGGUGGGUCGUACUUCGCAAGCCAUCGCCUGUAGCAGACUGUUUGGUACUUCUCGUCUACAAAGACAAGUCGGAUAAAGCCCAGGGCCACCGGGAGAAGGGCAGCAUCACCUUGGAGGAUAUCUGUGGACUGGAGACAGGUCUCUCCUAUGAGGGGGUAAACUACACGCUGGCUAUCCUCUGCCUGAGCCAGGUUGCUGUGCUGGGCUUCGACGGCAAGGAGGCUCUGCUGGCCUGGGAUAUCCGCAUCCGCUACAGUCUUGGUGAAGUCCACAGGUUUAGCGUUGGCAUCUUACCAGGCACCAAGUUGGAGAGUGGGCCUGCGAUCCUUCACUUGUGUAACAACCUACUGGUUCUGGCCAGGGACAUCCCCCCUGUUAUCAUCGGCCAGUGGAACCUCCCGGACCUACGCAGAUAUGGGCCUGUACCAAAUGGCUUCGUCUUCGAGGGGGGAACGCGCUGCGGCUACUGGGCUGGCGUCUUCUUCCUAUCGUCCAUGGAGGGAGAGCAGAUCAGCUUUCUGUUCGACUGCAUCGUCAGGGGCAUCUCCCCCACCAGAGGCCCUUUUGGACUGAGGCCAAUCCUGCCUGACCCCAACGCUGCCGCCAACCAGGCCUACUCUGAGGAGAGGGUAAACCAUGAGGCCCAGGAGCUGGAGAAACGCCUUAGCAUGCUGUCUCACCAGAGCAGCACAGCCUCCUCCACGUAUGGUCUGUCUGUGGCGGGAGACGACCGCAGCAUAUCAGGCUCCUCUGACACCUCCGACACCAGCCAAUCAGACUCCAGCAUCGGCAGCCGGCUGGCCAUUUGGACUGAGCCCGUCACAACAAGCUCCGCCCCCACAGACACCAUCAUUGGCCAUUCUGGGCCCAAGGUGGCCUUACAGGCCGAGGAUAAACUGUCCGUCAUCCAGGUGUGUGGAGCUCAUUCAGUAGCCAAGCCCCCUCGGUCCCGGCAGCUGCAGGAGAUUGGUCGACAGAGCUCAUCCGACAGCGGCAUCGCCACAGGAAGCCACUCCUCCUACUCUGGGAGUUUCUCCUCCUAUGCAGGUAGCCUGGACAUUGGUUCUGGGGGGGAUGACUUUGGCUCCCUGCUCAGCCUGCCCACUCACCUAGACCUGGCCCCCUGUACCUGCCCCCCAGCCCCAGGAAAGGAGUACCAGGUACCCACGUCACUGAGAUACCUCUAUGACACCCCCCGGAAUCUACUGCAGGGGGGAACAGGAGGGGCCAGGGGGCACCAGACCUCCACAACAUCUAAGGACCAGGAGGGUAGUUCACCCCAAUCACCCCCAUCAUGUAAGUCAGUACAGAGGGAAAAAGAGGGUCCUCUCGGGGGUCGCUCGGACACUGUUGCCAGGCGCUCGACGGCUGAUCUCUUACAGGGCCACUCAGAGGAGAGUAAGAGCAGGGUGGCGCCCUCUAGUGACAGUCAACACCCAGACUCCUAUCAGAUAUGCAGCAGUUCCCAAGCCACUGCCUCCAAAACCCUCCUAAUCAUCUGCGCCACCUGUGGAGGAUUCAAGGGGACUCCAGUCUCCUACACUGGGGGCUCAGCAAUGCCAGCCGUACCAGCAGGUGAAAGUAUUGAUAAGUGCCCGUGCAGACCCAACAACAGCUCCUCAGAAUAUAUCAAGGUUGACGCACUGAGGAAAACUACAGAGACCGCGUCCUCACCUGCCUCAGUGACCAAUCACCGCUCUGAGAAGCUAAAGAUGAGGGAUGAGGGAUCAGCACCUCUACAGAAGAAAGGCAAGGGGAAAUUAGCUGACCUCUUAGCAGACCUAUUAGGCUACGGCGGCACAUCCGGAGAGCCAGACAAGAAGCAGAAGAGUAAGGAGGAGAGGCACAAAGUCGAGUAUGAGAUCAUGGAGAGCCGGGCGUUGGAGAAGAGUUCAGAGGUGGAGCAUCAGGAACCAGAAGAGAAAAGCAAGUACGAGCUGAUGGGCAGUUGUGGACAACAACGGUUCCUUCAUGAGACUGAAGCGGCCAUGUUUGUGUUCCCGCCAGAAAUGGCGGCUCCAGAAAGACCCCGCGGUGAUGGAGUGACCUACGUCAAUAUUCCCAUCAGCCCCACGUCCAAGAAACAGCUGAACUACAUGGAGCUGGAGCAUCAGGAGCAAACUGGGGUCAGGGGGACUGGGAAAAGUUCCACUAAAUAUGCCCAGAUUGACAUCACUGCUACGGAUGCCGCCCACAAAACGGGUACCCAGCAUGCCCUGGGGCGAGAGGAGGGUCUUCACACCCUGGAGCAGAGGAGGAGGGGAGUACCACAGUGA